CGGAUCCGGAAGAGCUGCCGGACUCGUCGGAGCUGUCGCCCGGCGACGCCGAGAACCGCCUCCUCGUCUUCUUCGCCGCCGGCCUCACCGUGCAGCUGUGGUAAAAUCUCGGCACAUCCUGGCACUUAAGCUCCUCCCACUGCACGCCGGGGCCCGGCGACGGAGCGUCGCUGCGGAAGUCGUAGUUCCACCGCUUGUUGGCCGCGUCCACGCCCGAGUGGAGGAGACGCUGGAAGUCCUGGCGCAGCUGCUGGUGGUCCACGGGGCCGAAGAGGUUCCUCCGCACCGAGCCCACCUUUAACGACGGGGCCUCGAUGCUCCCUCGGCACGCCGUCUCUGAGUCAGCGGAUGUUGACGUGUCCAUCGCCAUGUCCCUGGUGAACACACGCAAGGAAAGAGAAUGAAUGCAAAAUAACCCACCUUGGGACCAACGGAAGUUGCGAGUGCCAGCACUUUGAUACAGAAGAUUCCUGAAUGAGCAGAGCAUGGGCCAAAGUUAUUCAACACAGAGGCGGCGCCCCAAUUGCACCUUUUUCCCGCCUCUUUCAAACUGAGCACUGGGAUGUUUGUUUGUGUCCAUGGCGUGUCCUCCGGCUGCUGCGGCCUCCUCCUGCUCCUACACCGUGGUCAUCAUCCCACUAAAGAGCAGACUCUACGGCCUGGACGCGCUUCGAUUCUACUCGUGGAUUAAGCGUCUAAAGGAUCUAGAAAAGGAGAAAGACGCUCUGUGUUGUGGCCUGGAGAUUCUGGACAAGGCCCGAUGUUGGUACCGACAGCGGUUGGAUGAGAACAGGGCCUGGAAAGGGACUAAAAGUGGGGUCAACUCCUGCCAUGAAGGUGCAGAAAAGGACAGAUCUUGCCUGCUGAGGUCUCGCGUGGAGCGGGUAAAUGCCUCUCUGGGUUCUGUCAUGACUGGGAGCUGCGAGUCCAGCACUAGCAGUCAUUCUUUACUGGCAGCACGAGCAGACAGCGCCCUCAGGUGGCAACACGCCGUACUUACUCAGAAGCUGAGUCACAAGAAUCAACAGAUCUCCGUGCUAGAAAUGGAAAAAGACGCUCUCCUAGAACAACUUCACGAAGUUCAAGCCCACUAAUUGCCAGGUGCGCCCGUCCCGUUGCUUGUAAAUAAGUAUUUAAGUUAAUAAAUGG